AUGAAUGUUGUUCUACGUAUAAAAGGAACAUUUCUAAAUGAAUUUUUAUCAAUUUUAUUAGACUAUUUAAAAACAAUUGGUGUAUUUCCAAAUUCACAAUUAAUUCAAUUGAAUGAAAAAGAAUUUACUGGACCAUUUGUUGCAUCUGUUGUUUUGGCACACAUUAAUUUUUAUAAUCGAAUUCAUUCAAUUGAACAAUUCAAACAUGAUUCAAUCGAUAGUUCGAUUUCAUUCGAAUUUCAUUCAACUACAUUCGAACAAUUGUUUCAUAUAAUUGAACAAUUGACACAAAACACAAUAAAGAAUUCCAAUAUGAUUAUUUGUCAUAUUCUAAAUGUUUGUUUAAGAUUAUUCACAACACAUCUGAAAUUUUUAUGCACGGCAAUAUCAACACUCGAUAGAGAUUUACUAUUGACAAAUGAUGAAUGUAGAAAAGUUGUUCGAACUUGUUCUAUUAAAUCAAAAUUUGAUAUCGAUUUAACAAUAUUUACAAAUGAUAAUAAAUAUCAAUUAUGGUUUAAUUUCUUUUUAAAAUUAGCUUGUAAUAACGAUGAAAAUUUAGAACAAAUAACAAUCUGUCGAGAAGCAUCAAAAGUUUUGAUUUAUAUUAUUGAUAAAAAAGUAUCAUCAUUUACUGAAAAAUUAUCAUUUUUUCAUACCUAUAUUAUUGAAAAUAAAUAUCCUCUUUUGAUUGACCAAUUACUUAUAGAACUGAAAAAAAAUGUAAUAUUAUUAAAUUGGAUUGAAGUUUUAGUCAAUGAUAAUGAUGAUAACAAGUCAGAGAAAAUGAUAGCAUUAAAAAUAUUAUAUUCUUUCAUUGAUAUUUGUUUAAAUGCAUCGAACAAUACAGAUUCGAAACGAAAAGAACAAAUCAAACAAAUACUACUUAUAUUUCAAGAAAUUUUAUUAACUCGAUUAAUCUCACCAAUACAAAUGAAAAAUAUUCAAAAUGAUAAUGAAACUCAAUGUGAACUAACCGAAUUUUGUAUUUCUCAUGGUACUAUAUCGUUUGUGAUAAACUAUCUCACUCAUAUGUUAAAAAUUUGUAUCGAUCAUGAUUUAUUGAAUUCAAUUUUUCUUGGUUUAUGUUUGAUGACACAAACAGAAAAAAUUUUUAAUUUUGUUACAAUUCAACCAAUAUUCACAACAAUAUUGCCAAUAUUGGUAGAAUAUCUAUUAAAAAAUACUAUGAAUCAUGAAUAUUUGACAAAUAAUCUAUAUUCCAUAUGUUGGCUAAUAGGUAAAAUGAGUAAUGUGAUGAUUAUUGGUCCUGAACAGAAUUUAUUAGAAUUGAUACAUAUCGAUAAAUUGAAAUCGCUUCUAUUUGCUGGUGGAUGUGAAAAAAUAAUAAUUGAAAACAAUAAAUAUCUAUCCGAUCUAUACGAAUCGAAUCUUGCUGUGUAUAGUCAAUUUAAAUUGGACAAUGAAAUACAACAAUCAUCAUCAUCAUUGUCAGACGAUAAGUUUUUAAUGUCAAUUUACAAUAAUAUUGAUCAAGGUGCACGAUUAAUAUCAAAAAUGAAAGAACAUAUUGAAGAUAGACAACAAUUAUUAAAAUCAAUCGAACAAGAAUCAAAUGAUGCAUGUGCUGCUUUAUUUGCUGUUUAUAUUAAACAUUAUCGUCGAAUUGAUCUUGCUAAAAGAGAAUUAUUACGAAUGAAUGAUGAAAAACCACAUAAUAAACUAUUAUCAAUAUAUGAAUGUGCCAAUGAUGUUAAAAUAUUAUUUGCUACAAUAAAAGCACAAGGUGGUAAUUUAAAUGAACUUUAUAAACAAAUUAAAAUGAAUACAUUAUUUCUACUUUUAUAUGUUCGAGAAGGAAAUUUAAUUCCAAUAAUUGAAACAGAUGAAGAUUUAUCAUCAUCAUCAUCAUCAUUAACUUUAACAAAUAUACAACCAAAAAAACGAUUAUCAUUUCAACGACAAAUUUCCCGAUGGACAAAAGCAAAAUAUGUUCUUCGUUUACUUCGUAAUACAAUGCAAGCAUGUAUUCGAUUUAAAAAAUUAAUGUUAGCUAAAAAACAAACGAAAUUAAAUCUUAAAAUUGAAAAUAAUUUAAAUCGAUUAAUUGAUACAUUUGUCUAUGGUAAUGUCUAUAAGACGACAACAUUCAUAACAAAUGAAGAAAAUAAAUUAGAAUUAGAUGAACUUUCUCAAUGUAUGUCUAGAUGUUAUGAACGAGCAAUGAUACGACUUAUUACAUAUAGAUUUAGUCAUAAAUUUAUUCAAAAUCUUUUAGAAAUUGAUGAUCAAGAUCGUAUUGUAACAAUUUUAAAUCUUUAUUUACCUCAUUUAAGAAAUUCCGAUUUAGAAUGGUCCUAUGGGAAAAAUAUUCAAGCAACAAACAAUCAAAUUAAAGAACAAAUUCUUGAUACAUAUUAUUCAAUUAUUAAAAGUAUUUUUUCUUUUAUUUUAAAUUUAUUAACAUUAAAACCAAAAUUAUUAGUACAAAAUAUGUUUAAUUUACUCAAUCUAUCUUAUGAAUCAAUUGAUAUUAUUUAUCUAAAUCAAAAUCAAUUUAUUGAAAUAUUAUUUUUAUCAUUUGUUAGUUUUACUCAACAAUCAAAUCAUAUGAUUUCAUUUGAUACUAAAUUAACUGCAUACAAUUGGUUUCGUUUUUAUGUAUUUAAAUUAUGUGAAAAUAUCGAAUUAGAUGAAAUCAAAAGUAUAUCUAAUAAAAUAAUAAAACAACAACAACAAUUUGUCUUUAAUAUUUUAAUUUUAAAUGAAUUAAAAACAUUAAAACAAUUAAAACAAUCAUUAUCAACUGAUAUAGAAAAUGAAAUUUAUAAUUCAAUAGAAAAUAGAAAAUAUUCAUUAAAUAAUGCCGCUAUCGAUUGGUUUAUUAAAGUAGUAACAAUUGAAAAUAAUACAUCUAUUCAUUCACGAAAAUUAUCAUCAAAAUUUGAAAUUGAACUUUAUACAAAUCAAUUAUUAGUAUUUUUACUUCGAUGUAUUUAUUUAUAUGAUAAUGUUCGAUUAAUUUGUUCAAAUAUUGAUUAUAUUGAAGAAUUAUUAUAUAUUUAUCGUAAUAGUCAAAAUUCUAUUACAAUUUUACUUGCAUUAAAAAUUUUACGUAAUUUAAUUUCAUUAUUACCGGAAACAACAAUUAUGUAUAUGAAAAAUCUCUUAGAUGAAUUUUUAAUUUCAAUUGGUAAUAGUUUUAUAAAACAGAAUAUGACUUCAGAAAUAAUUACUGAAUUAAUAAAUAUCUAUCGUACAAUAAUGUCUUUAAAAUCAUCAUGGCAAUUAAUGGCAAUAGAAUUUAUUUGUAAUAUAAUUAUAUCAUGUGUAAAUGAGAUUAAGUUGAAAUCAUUUGAAAUCAUUGAUAUCAGUCAAAUGAAUUAUGUUUUUGCAUCAUUAUGUGUUUUAGGUGGAUAUAUUCAACCAUACUGUUUAGGUUCAAUUGUUAAUGUCUAUCCUAAUGAAGAAAGUAAUGAAUUUGAUCUAGCAAUAAUUAUUGAUAUUAAUAUAGAUGAUGAAAAUUUAAAUUCAUCUGAAGUCGUCUUAUCCUAUUUUAUUCAAUAUUUAAAAACAAAUAAAACUGAAUGGAUUACAGCUGAAAAAUUACAAAUUGAAAUUGAUGUUAUGCCACCAAAUCUAUCCUUAUUGACAAAUAUCAAUGAUGAUAAUCUUAUGUUACAUUCAUUUUUUGAUGCAUUAGGAUAUAUAAUACAAAUCGAUACAUCAACAACAGAAUCUUUAAUAUUAUUAGAAUUAAAACGUCGUUCUAUGUUAACUUUGAGUUAUAUAUUAAAUGAUAAAAAACUUCUUGAAAUUUUCAUGGAAAAACCUUAUGCAUCAUUUAUUGCUAAAUUAUCAAUGUUAGAUUCUUUAUUUAAAAAUUAUUCAUUACCUGUUGAUUUACGUAUAUUCAAUCAAAAACAUUUAGAACAAUAUUGUUUAAGUUUAGAUAAUGCUAUAAGAUUUAAACAAAUUAUAGAAAUAGAAAAUGAUAAUUAUACUAAUAUUAGUAAUAAUCAAAUAUCUUCAUCAAUAACAAUUAUGCAAAUUGAAGAUGAUACUUCAUUUACUAUUUGGAAUCAAGAUGAAUUCAAUCGAGAUCCGUUGAUUGUCAAUGCUUUAUCAAUAAGUUCAUUGAAAUAUAAUGGAUGGAAACCUUAUGCAUCGAAAUCAGAAAUUGAAUUAUUUGAACGCGGUCGAAUUGGAGAUAAAAACUUGAAUAUUUUUUCAAUGCCACGUAAUUUUAUCGAUCCUAGUCUAAUCAAUACAUGUGGUGAUAAACAUCGAUUUAAUGGAAAAAUCUGUCUAACUACUGAUCGUGAGACUGGAAUGUUUCCAACAUUCAUUGUUAAUAAUCUACAAUUAACUGAAGGUAAAUGGUACUAUUGUGUUCGAUUGCCAAUCGGUGGCAUUGUUCAAAUUGGUUAUGCAACGACAGGAUUUACGCCGUUGUCUAGCGUAGGUAUUGGUGUAGGUGAUGAUAAAUAUUCAUGGUCGUAUGAUGGAUCACGUGGUACACUGUACAACAAUGGUGAAUUUAUUGCUUCAUUUGAAGAAAUUCGUUGGAUACAGAAUGAUAUUUGUGGAUGUGGAAUCGAAAUUAAUGAUGAAAAUAUUCGAAUUAAAUAUUGGUUAAAUGGAAAAUUUUUAGGAACACCUUUUGAACAUCAAGCAAAUAUUGGAACAUCGACAAUAAAAUGUAAUAUGUUACCACAUGGUCAUAAAACAUCUUAUUUUCCUGCUGUUACUGUUCAAAUACCAGAUUCAAGCAUUGGUUGGUUUGAAUUUAUAUUUAGUCCAGAUGAUAUGAUACAUUGUCCAUUACCAGAUGGAUAUAAACCGUUAUUAGUACCGAAUUUAAUUAAUAUUGAAAAUUCUAUUGUUCCUUAUCCAAACAAUGCCUAUUUAGUUGGAUUUAAUACUGAAAAUUUUUUUCUUAGAAAACGAAGUAUAACUCCGAAGAUAGUUCUAUGUGAUUUUGUCAAUGAAUAUCAUCUUGAUACUUCAUAUACUCUAGAUGAUUAUCAAUUACUAUUGCCAGAAGAUAGUAAUGGAUUUCCUUUAUCAAUAGAUAGUCAUCAAUCAGCAUUAACUAUUAGUUUCGAUUUUGAAAUUUUAAAUAAAAUUUCAAAUCAAUUAUUUGUAUUAUUUACAUUAGAAACAACUGAAAAUUUUUCUGUACAAAUUCCAUUGAAUAAAAUUGAUCAUCGAACACGAACGGCUAUUGUAAUUUGUUUAAAAGAACAAAAAAUUAAAAUCUAUUUAAAUAAUCUAUAUCAAAUAAUUGAUAGUAAUUUUGAAAUACAAACAAUGAUAAAAUUUAAUUUUCAUAUUUUACCAAAUAUUAGCGCUAGAAUUAAAAAUCUUGGUAUUUGGAAUUAUGAUCUAUGUGAAAAAUAUAUUCGACGUUUAUUUACUUAUGGUCUAUCGUAUGUAGCUAUUGAUUAUAAACAAUUGAAAGAAUAUCGACAACAAGCAAAUUAUUUUAUUUUUAAUAAAAAUCAACAACAAUUUGAUAAUGAAUUACUUGUUGCAUUCAAUGAACCAUUUGAUGAAAAUAUUUGGAAGAGAAAAAAAAAUCAAAUUGAUAUUGAUGAAGAAAAAUAUUUUCGAACAAUUAAUGAAACUAAUGAAUCAACUAUACAAUUAUUUGGUAAUAAAACUUAUCUUGUUCUUGAAAAAUCAAUUCAACAAUGGUUUGAAUAUACAAUUAUACUUGAUAUUUCUUUACCAAAUUUACCAAUAAUUAAUGAACAUAUAACAAUUUUAUCUGUUCAUUCAGAAACUGGAAUUUAUAUUACACCUAGUGGUAAAUUUUGUCUAUUUGAUCAUGGAAAAAUAAUUAAAAGUAAAACUACAUUGAAAUUAAAUGAAUAUAUACGUUUAAUUAUUCUUGUUCAAAAGAAAUCUAUUGAAAUUUAUACUAAUGGAUUAUUACAAAUUCGUUCAAAUAUUGAUAAGGAUCAAUUUUUAUUAAGAACCAAUCGAAUUGAUCUAUUUCGAGAAACAGAUUUACUAAUGAAUACUACAAAAGAUGAUAUAGUUCGAAUUGAAUGUAAAUCGAUUACAUUUCUAAAUCGAUUCAUAGAAUUCAAUUUAAUUAAUCAACAAAUAAAAUCAUCAAAUGAUUCGUUAGUAUCAUUAGUAGCACCACCUUUUUCUUUGAUUGCAUCGAAUUUAAUUGCUAUCGGUUAUAAACAAGAAUGGAUCAAAUGGGCCAUACAAAAAAUGAAUACGACAAAUAGUCAAAUUCUUGAUAUGAUUAUACGCGAAAAUAAAGAUGAAUUUUUAAAAAUUGAAUAUGAAAAUCAACAAAAACAUAAUUUUAUCAUUUUAUCCAGAUUGAAUCCAUCUUUCGUACAAGAAAAAUGGCAUGAGUUAGAAAACAUUCUAGAAUUCAAUAAUGAAAAUAUAAUAACUAUUGGUCAAUUAAUAUGUGAUUAUAAAAAUUCUAUACAAAUAUCAUCAAAUCCUUCAAAUGAUUCAGAUAAAAAUGAACAAGUACGAUUCGAAAAAGAAUGGUAUCAACAAACAGUUCAUGGAUUACAGAUACCAAAUACUAUAUUCGAAUGGAUGAACGAUAAAUCAUCAAGAACAAAUUUAAAUGAUAUCUAUCAACUAUUAGAUUUGAAUAAAUCUGAACAACAAUUUACAAUUGAGAUAUUUGAUCAACAAAAAAUCAUUCAUAAAUCUAUUCAAUAUUCUCAUAAACAAAGUUCACAAAAACAAUAUUUUAAUUCACGUUUUGCCUGUGAACAUGGUUUAAUAUCAAUCUAUGCACGUAAUACUAUUCUGAAUAUAUUAAAAGUUUGGUCAAAUGAAGAUUCAAGUUCAUUUUCAUUGAAAAAAUUUGGCAAUUAUACAUUUAUUGUUAAAUUAUUGCGAUUACUAGAUUAUCAUUAUACAUAUAGAACUACGUAUAUAGAUGAUAAUAUGGAUAGAAUAACUUUUUUAAUUCAUUCUAUUCUUCAAUUUGAAACAAAAGAAUUGAUUAAACAAGCAAAUAUAAAUAAUGAAUUUACUAUUGAAAUAUUACAAAGUAAAGCUCCAUUAUUGUAUGAAUUACAAAAGGAUGUAAUUAUUCAUUUGAUUCAAUUUGUAUUGAAUCCUUCAUUAUUAUUAUUAUUAUUAUGUAACUUAGAAAAUAAAGAAACAUUAGUUAUUGAUGAAGAAACAAUGAUUAAACAAUCAAAUUUAAAUUUCACUUUUAAAAUAUUAAAUCUUUUCGUUAAAUUAGCAACUGAUAAAUCAAUAAUGAAACAAAAUGAAAUUGAUUUAUUUCUUCCACUUGUUUUUCGAACAUCAUUUGUUAAUCUCAUGUUUGAUUCAUUUCUAUUACUUCCAAAACAUCAAUCAAAAAUAUUUGUCCUUCGUCUAUUUGUUACCUUAAUUCAAGCGAGUAAAACUUUCAAUUUAAAUGUGCGAUCACAAAAGUUCCUAUUUCAUUUAUUAAAUGAAUUAUUAUUAAUAACUACACCAAUAACCAGUCCAACAACAAGAACACUACAAACUAUUGUCAUGGAUUUAAUAUUUCUUCUAAUACAAAGACAAACUUCUCAAGAUAUAAUGACAAUAGAACAACAAAAUGAACAAUUUAAGUUCGAAUUAGCUGAAUGUUCACAAAAUUUUCGUGAUCAAAUUAUAAUUAUCAAUAUUAUUGAAGCAUUGACCGAUAAAAGUAAACAUAUACCGUAUCCUAAACAAUUCAUAGAACAAACGUAUGAUAUUUUGAGUGAAAAUCCGAAAUUUACUUCAGAUGAUUUUCAAAAAUCAAAUAUACUUUUUGAUACAUUAGCUGAUCUACAAUUGAUUAAAUUAAUGAAUGAACAUCCAUCAAUGGAUAAUUCAUUUAAUCAAUUUAUCUCUGAUUUACUGACUGAAUCAAUAUCUAAUUCAACAUUUUAUAAAAAUUAUCCAGCAUUAUUAAAUAUACCAGUUAAAUUUAUACAAGUUCGAGCUAAAUUUUUCUAUCAAUUUAAUAUAUUUGUCGAAAAAAUUCUAUCAUUACUCGAUUUUAGUUUAUUACCAAAUCAAAAAAAACGAAAACUUCAAUGGCUUGAACAAUCCUUAAUACAAACUGAAUGUGCAUCUUUUAUUGAAUUACCUGAAGUUAAAUUUGAUACUAUUAAAGCUAGUAUUAAUGAUAACGAAGGAGAGAAUACGAUGUUCAAUCAAGCAUUUCAACAAUUACAUGAAAAUGCUCAUAUAUUAUUUCGACAAAAAUAUGAACGUUUAUGGCGAGCAAAAUAUCUUGAAAUGCAUAGUACUGAUCAAGGUGGACCUUAUCGAGAUUCUAUAACAGCUAUUUGUUCGGAUAUAUGUAGUACACGUUUACCAUUAUUUAUUUUAUGUCCAAAUGGACAAAUGAAUAAUGGAUUAAAUCGUGAUUGUUGGAUACCAAAUGUUUUUCCACCAGAUAAACCAAUUUCAAAUAAAUUUAAAAAACAAUAUCAAUUCAUUGGACAAUUAAUGGGUAUGGCUAUACGAAAAAAACAUUAUUUAAAUUUAAAAUUUCCAAAUUUAUUAUGGAAACAAUUAAUAGGAGAAAAAUUAACUAUGAAAGAUAUUGAAACAAUUGAUAUACAAUCUAUUGUAAUUAUUAAAGAAAUGGAAAUUAAUAUUGAACAAAAUAAAUUGAUUGAUAUUGAUAUUGAUAAUGAUAUGAAUUAUUUAUUUAGUAGUGUUUUAAGUGAACUUCGUUUUGAUGUUAUUAGUUCAUCAGGACAAACCUAUGAACUUAUACCUGGUGGUCAAGAUAUUCCAGUUACAACUAAAAAUUUAAUAGAAUAUUGUACACGUUAUCGUGAAUAUCGUUUAAAUGAAUUUCAUCGACAAAUUGAAUAUAUUCGACAAGGUUUAUGUAGUAUUAUUCCAAGUGAUUUUUUGACAUUGUUUACAGCUGAUGAACUUGAAAUAGCUAUAUGUGGAAAAGGAGAAAUUGAUGUAUUAUUAUUAAAACGAAAUACAAUUUAUAGUGAUCAAUAUAAUGAAAAUUCACCACAUAUUCAACGAUUUUGGACAGUUCUAAAUGAAAUGUUCGAUGAAGAACAAAAGAAAUUAUUUCUAAUAUUCGUUUGGGGACGAAGUACUUUACCAAGAGAAGAUAAAGAGUUUACAAUGAAAUUUAUAAUUCAAACAAUUUUUCCAAAUGCUAAUCAUGAAACGGAUCAAAUGCUUCCAAGAGCACAUACAUGUUUUUUCAUUCUUGAUUUACCUGAAUAUUCAACCAUUGAAAUUAUGUAUGAACGUUUGAACUAUGCUAUAACAAAUUGUUCGAGUAUUGAUGCUGAUGGUAUGAUGAAUGAUGUUCUCAAUCCAGCAAAUCUAAAUGAUAAUACAGAUCUUGUUGAACAGCUACCAACAGUUAUAACAACACUUCUUGAACAGAAUUAUCCUUUAAUUUAA